UUAGUUGCCAAGCAACGAUGCAACCAACCUCCACGGUGCUGGGCAACUUGGGAGCUUGCGAGCCCUCGCCUUCCCAGUUCCAUCCCGCAACCGGAGCAAACGUCAGCGAUUCCGAUUUGGGCCCCGCCCCUGGAGCCUGCGCGCGCUCGAUUGGUCAGCGAUUCUCUCCAGGUGAGCACCAACGGGCUGCCAUGUCUGGGAAUUUUGCCUCUUCCUCAGAACAAAACAACAGCUGUGAAACCAAAACCACAAAUCUUCGAAUGUCAGAGAAGAAAUGCUCAUGGGCCUCCUACAUGACCAACUCCCCAACUCUCAUCGUUAUGAUUGGCUUGCCAGCCCGGGGCAAGACCUAUGUGUCCAAGAAACUCACACGCUACCUCAACUGGAUUGGGGUGCCCACCAAAGUGUUUAAUCUUGGCGUGUAUCGGCGUGAAGCCGUCAAGUCCUAUAAAUCCUAUGAAUUCUUCCGGCACGACAACGAGGAGGCCAUGGAGAUCCGCAAACGGUGUGCUCUGGUGGCGCUGGGCGACGUUAAGACCUACCUCACUGAGGAGAGCGGGCAGAUUGCGGUGUUUGACGCCACAAAUACCACUAGGGAGCGGAGGGACAUGAUCUUGAACUUUGCCGAGGAGAAUUCCUUCAAGGUAUUCUUUGUGGAAUCUGUCUGUGAUGAUCCUGAUGUCAUUGCUGCCAACAUCCUGGAGGUAAAGGUCUCGAGCCCUGACUACCCUGAAAGGAACAGGGAGAACGUGAUGGAGGACUUCCUAAAGAGAAUCGAGUGCUACAAGGUCACUUAUCGACCCCUUGACCCAGACAACUAUGACAAGGACCUUUCUUUCAUCAAGGUGAUAAAUGUGGGCCAGCGGUUUUUAGUGAACAGAGUCCAGGACUACAUCCAGAGCAAGAUCGUCUACUACCUCAUGAAUAUCCAUGUCCAGCCUCGUACCAUUUACCUUUGCCGGCACGGAGAGAGUGAGUUCAAUCUCCUGGGGAAGAUCGGAGGUGACUCUGGUCUCUCUGUGCGGGGGAAGCAGUUUUCCCAGGCCCUAAGGAAGUUUCUAGAGGAACAGGAGAUAGCAGACCUCAAAGUGUGGACGAGCCAGUUGAGGAGGACUAUCCAGACUGCUGAAUCCCUGGGGGUGACCUACGAGCAGUGGAAGAUUCUGAAUGAGAUUGACGCUGGCGUGUGCGAGGAGAUGACCUAUGCGGAGAUCGAGAAGCAGUACCCGGAGGAGUUUGCGCUUCGAGACCAAGAGAAGUACCUGUAUCGAUACCCUGGCGGGGAGUCGUACCAGGACCUGGUGCAGCGGCUGGAGCCUGUCAUCAUGGAGCUGGAGCGUCAGGGCAACGUCCUCGUCAUCUCCCACCAGGCUGUCAUGCGCUGCCUGCUGGCCUACUUCUUGGAUAAGGGCGCAGAUGAGCUGCCAUACUUGAGGUGCCCUCUCCAUACCAUCUUCAAACUCACUCCGGUGGCCUACGGGUGCAAAGUGGAAACAGUUAAACUCAAUGUGGAGGCGGUGAACACGCACCGUGACAAGCCAACUAACAACUUCCCCAAGAACCAAACCCCCGUAAGGAUGAGAAGGAACAGCUUCACGCCUCUGUCCAGUUCGAAUACAAUAAGGCGUCCAAGAAAUUACAGUGUUGGGAGCCGGCCCCUCAAGCCCCUCAGCCCUCAUGCCCUGGACAUGCAAGAAGGGGCCGACCAGCCGAAGACCCAAGUCAGCAUUCCGGUGGUGUGACCGUGUGCUCCCCUCCAGCCCUGGCCUCCCGCCCCUGCCACUAACCCCCAAGGGAUCGUUUAACUUCCAGCCCCCACUGCCAACACCCCACCGCGAAUCUUAACCCAGAGUGUGAGGUCGUGUUUCCUGACCAACCUUAGGUACCCUACAGUGUGAAACAUCCUCCUGCCCAGGGGCAAAUUGGCGAGUUGAGUAUUUUAGGACAGGUCCUCAGUUGGGGUGGCCUGGAGGAAGUGGUGAAGGGACAACACUCCCUUGGCACACUGGCAUAGCUGGGGCUGAGGCUUGGCAAGCCACACACACUUUGUUCUAGUUUGGCCCUGGUUCUAAGCUCACUAAUGUCCUUGAGUGGUCAGGUGGGGGGCUGAGUCCAGGGGGACACAGAAACCCGUCUUCCCUUCACCUUUGUCUGUGCGGGGCAUGCUUCACUCACUGUCCUUCCUUGGCUGCGCCCUCCCUCCUUGCCCCUGUGUCAGAUGUCCGGCUUACUGCAUGUCACUGUCAUUGUGGUGUCUGCCCGCGAGGGAUGGUGGUCGGCGAGGGAGAAGUCUUCUCUGCAGUGGGCCUAGGUGGAUGUGGAUCAGGGGCCUUUCUUUUCCCUUCUCCCUUCCUUUCAAGCCAGGUUCUGCAGGGGUCAGCCCGGGCUACAGAACAUCCAUAGGUGCUCUAGAGCCUGCCAGUGGACGUGGGUGAGAAUUCUUGCCUCCCUUCCUGAGAAGUAGGCCUCUGUCUUCGGUGCCUCAGAGUAUGUGGGAAAUAUGUUGGUUUGUAUUUUCCAUUUCUAGAGCCAGGCGUCCUGGUGGCUGUGGGGUGAGGCGCAGGAGGGUAGAGUGGCCUCUGGCUGUUGCAGGACCGUUGCAGGGCAGUCCGGCCUUUUGGCCGACCACAGCACCUUUCCUGCCAAGGCUGUAGUUUCCUGACCUUGGGCUGUUAGAAGGACAGAGGUAGAGUCACCAUAUAGAGGCUUGAAUCGCUCAGGGCAGAAGGCAGAGAAGAAUUCACUCAAACUGCUUGUUAUUUUCCAGUAAGUUUUCAACACACUCUCCUCUCUAAGUUAAAAUUUUCUUUUCACAUGAGCAAUUGUUUUUCCAAGGGUGGGAAGCCUGCUGAUGAUUUUAACCUCCCUCCUAGUAUUCUUUUAUCUCAUCUUGAUGUCUUUGGUACCCUGUGGGAGUCUAACUCUUGACUGUAUUUACCUAUUCACUUUUGUCAUUUUAUUUUCUUUGUAGGGUUAAACGAAAUGGGUAGAACAGGGAUCCUUAGCCCCUUGGCCCUGAUGGCAUUCUCCUUCCCUCCAGUUGUGUAUGCAAAACGCCUGAAUAUAUGUGCAUUUUUCUGAGAGGCAAGGCCUUCUAGUGAGACCUAAGAGAUAGAUGACUCCCCAUGUUAAAGUUAUCAGUUUGUAGAGCAAGCUUAGCUAUUUGCCAAGGGGGUUUUUGUUUGGUAAUAGAAAACCUUUUGUCAUGGUUCUCAUCCGGAAUUAUUCAUUAGAAUCCUCUUUAGAAAUUUUGAAAUACAUGUACAUGCCUCCUUUUAACCCUUUACUUUGCAGGGUGACAUGGAGCAAAUCACCCUGUAAAUAAAUGUCCUUGGGCACUAGAUGGGAAUUUUAAGCACCCUGGAGAGAGGUAGUGAGAUAAAGCCUGUAGGAUGAUAAAGGAUAUCAGCAAAGGCAGCUGACUUGUGACCUUGAGUCCUUUUUUCUUACAUCCCGAGUUGGCUCUCACAGCCAGUUUCCAAAGGUUGCUUGCCUAGAUUCUCCUGAAAUUGCAUCCAAGGUGUAAGUAACCUGCUAUUCCUGUUUAGCCAUUACACAAUGUGUACUUAGUGCCUUUGGUUGUGGGGCUUUGGGCUGGGUGCGGGUAGUGGUUGUGGUAGGGUCCACAGAAGUGGAAGAGAAAAGUCCUUGCCCUGAAGAAAGUUAUUUUGGGGACAGGGCAUAUAAUUUACAGUAAGUGAACAUUUGCCAAAGAGCAACACAUUGAUUCUGUAAGUGUGGACAUUGAAGUAGGGUACAGAUUACUUCUCAUAACUUUUCUCUUGUGCUAUGGCGCAGAGAGACUCAGUGUUAGGAGGUUGGGAAUGGCCGCUGCUUUGAGAAUGAGAUGUAGUCUAGGACGUAUGUGUGGCCCUUUUAUAAGGUUGCCUCAUCUAGUUUUAUUUGGCUGGUGGUUUUGGUCUGUAGUCCAAAUGAGCAGCAGAGUUUUUUCUGCUUAGGCAGGUAGAGUAGUUCAGAAUUAAUGAAUGAGAAGAGGGAGAUUCUGAUCCAAAGACUUUGAAUUUGGUCUGAACAUAUGCUUAGGAAGAGGAGAUUUCACUGACAAGCCAGUAUGAUGUCACCCUGUUGUAAUCCCCGGCAUUAGGUCAUUGGGGUGCACGUUCUGGCCCUCAGCCUGCUGAGUGCUUGUCCACUGUCCCCCUGUACUAGCUCGUGGUCCUCAGAAGAGCAGCCUGGGUGGUCUUCUUAUUCUCAGAUAGGAUGUGGGAAAUUAGAGCUUGACAAUAGCAAGCAGUUUCCAGAUCCUUCCGUGUUUCGAGCAAGAUCCUUCCAAGAGAAGGCUUAGCAGGAAGAAACUGGGAGAAUGGAAUAGAACCCUUACUCCACAUUUUGGUCAAGUUCUGCUUCCUAUUUUUUCUUGUCCUCUACACCCUUUCUUCUUACUUGAAUGUGUGUUGGUAGUAUAUACACAUUAUUUUGAUUAUGUCCAUAUCACAAAUCCUACAAAGAAAAGUUGGAUUCCAGAGUACCUUUCUUUGAAGCUUCCAGUUUUGUUAAAGGAGAAAGAGGUGAAGGCAUUAAUAUUUAAUCUAUUUGUAUAAAAUGGGAACAGGAAACCCACCAUAUAGUCUUAUUUUCUUUUUCUUGAUCCAAAGCCGAUUGAGGAAUUGGUGUGUGACAGACCCGAAAGAGGGAUCUAAGGCAGAUUUAGGUUCUCUACUUAUCUCCUAGUUCUCAAAUGGGAAUUUAGCUCUUCCUUAUUAUCUGUAUUGUCUUUGGUUUCGUUUUGAUGAGGAGUUUGCUUUACAUUCAAUUGGAAAGUAGACUAAGAAAAUGUAGUAGAAACAUGCAUUGCGCUAGGGGUCUGCUCUGUAUCGUUUCCGGGUUUUGUUUUUCCCCAAAAAGUUAGAGUUAGGUACAACAUAUUUGUAUUCCUAGAUGGAACGGUUGAGUGUUUCCUGUGAGGUUCUGGGUGUUCCUCUUUGCAUCCUCACAUUUGAUCAUCAGAAGCACUGACAUUUUAAAGAAACGGUGAUGUAUCUGUUUGGAAAUAAAUCCAUCUUACGGUUCUUCUGUGAGCUGGAGGUCUGCGUUCCAGAGAAACUUAUUAGUGCUGAGGUAGCUAAGGGACAAGGGGAAAAGAGUCUAAUGAUUGAGAAAACUAUGUCUAGGUUAUAAAGUUUAUGCACAUUCCAUUGUCUUUGCUAAGCUCCGAAGCCAUGUUCUGUUUGUUUCAAGAAAUUUGGUAAAUACACCCAAGCUUUCGAGGAUGCACAUUGACUUGUAUUUUAAAAUGUUACUUUAAAAAAUAUAUAACAAUUGAGUCAGUUUGCAACAUUUGGCAGGAUUGAUCUGACUUCCCAUAGCGGUGACAUAGACAUGAGAAGGCUGUCCAGGAAUUUAAUUUGGACACAUAGUGUUCAGAAGACUGUAUUUCAUAGUACCUUUAUGCUGACUGACUGACUGACAGGCUCUGGCAGGGUCCCUAUGCUGACUGACUGACAGGCUUUAGUAGGGUCUGUAUGCUGACAGUCUGUUUCUAGUUGUAUCAGGUAGUGGUGUAUAUGCAUUAUUGUAAUUCUCUGUCUUGUACAUAUCCUAAAAGAAAGGAAAUAAACACUCUCCAUGGUUUCCUUAGGGGGAAAUUCUGUCCACCGUGGUUUUCAAUAGACAUUCCUUUUAGUGUAGCAGCCAAAUUCUCAUCAUUUUACAGAAAAUGAAGGUUGUAUACCACCUGAAUGAUAUUUGGUAAACUUUGCUAAAGAAAUGCCUGCUCAAAGCCUGGAAUUGUUACCUGUAGUUGAAGCCAUCGCCUCCAUUCCCCAGUGCUAGGCAGGACUUCACCUCACCAUCCGAUUCUGAACCUUCUGUGUCCUCAGCUUCUCUGUAGGGAGUAUCACAUUCCUUCCCCUGGAUAAUGCCGCUGUUCUCAGUGUGCCGGGAACUUGGCUAUUUAUUCAUAAUCUAACAAAUAAAAAUGCAAAGGAAAUUUUGCAUUCAAAAAUUGAUUUUAAUAGU